AUGCCUACCAAAUCAUAUACAAAAGAAAACUUGACAUGUCAUGUCUUGGUUGAGAAUAAUUCAUUAGAAUAUAUUGUCAAAUCACCUGUUCCAUUAUUUGGUGUUGUUGAUCUACUCUUAGGCUUGAGUGCAGCAAUCGUUUCUUGGACAUCUCCAUCUCUAGUACACACACAUCCUCGAUGGGUAGCUGCAAUUGCCUUAAUUUGGAUCUGGUCCAAGUACAAAACGAUUCAUCAUGAAAGUUUACUUGUAAUGCGUGACAUUGGAAUCCAAGUCAAGACUGUGUAUUGGGGUGGAAGUGUCGUGUCUAAAUUUAUCAGUCGACGGGAUAUUGAAGACGUGGUGAUCAAUGAAGGAAUCAACUUUUGGCAGAUCAAGUCUUAUAUUGCAAUCCUAGUUAAAGAUCAGGAAAAGAUGAAUCUCCUUCCUUCAUUAAGACCAGUUUUAUUGGAUGUAUAUCAAGGAACACGCUCAGUUCUGUUUCCAGCUCAACAAUCGCUCUUUUUGAAGAAAUAA